AUGGCACCGACUGAACUGCGCAUACAUGACCGUACUUCUAUGCACCCGGUCGCAAUUUUUCCUCGCUUCCUAAUUCCUAUCGGAAGCGAGAGGGCACAGUGGUUAGAUCGAAAAUUUACUGACCGGAAGGUCCGUGGCUCGAACCCGGCAUGCGCCUCUCGACUUCCCAUGUCUAGGCGUGGGCAACCUGGCAGUAUCCCAGUGCUCCGCAUCCGAAACAUAUGA